CAUUGGAUAAUGCGUCGCAUCUUGAGGAGACACUAUGCUAGGGAUGAUGAAGUCAUCAUAGAAAUGGAUCAUGCUAGAGGAACUACCAGGGAAGACAUAUAUGAUGCAUGUAUGAGGGUGGAAUCUGAACCUGAGGAAGAUUUGGACACCAUACCUACUAGGCAGUCUAAGAUCAAGAGGAAAUUCGUUGACUACUAUGAGACUGACGAAGAGGACGAAGUUAGUGAUGAAGACUUUGUACCUCAACAAUAUAAGGAAGAUAAGGACAAGGAUGGCAGUGUAGUGCCAUAGGUUAUAAACUUAUAGAUAUUUUUUUUUUUAUAUAUAUAUAGAGGUAUAUAAGGUUUUGUUAAAAGAAUAAGGUUGGGUAUAUGCCAACAACAAAGGUGUUUUAUAGGAUUAGCAUUUUAGGAAAUAUAUAUAUUAACUAGUGUGUUAUUUUAUUUCACAUUUUCUUUUCCCUUCUAUGGAAGAAUAAAUUUAGUUUGUUUAGUUCAAGGAGUAAAAAUUUAUUUUGGACACGUAAUGGGGAAUAUUUUUUUUAUUUAUUUUCAUUAUGUGAUUUCAAAUUUUCUUGCCUAAAUUCAUGUGACUAUGAAUUUACUUACGUGAACAACUGUAUGAAUAUUAGUGAACAUUCCAUGUUGAAACUUAGUGAAAUUGUAUGUGAUGCGAUCUUUAGUGAUCAAAUCAAGUAUUGUCUUGCUUAGAUGUCUAUACUAGUUUUCUGGAGCCUGAGUAGAGUUAUAUUACUUUCAGGUCCCGAAGUAGAAUGGCUAACAACACUGAACUAGCUGACGCUAUUCGCCUCUUGGCGGAGAAACUGAACCAGGACAAGGUUGAACGUCCAGAGACUGCUGGGGAAAUGUUUGAAAGACUGUCCAAAGUGAAACCACCUUACUUUAAGGGACAAGCUGACCCUACUUUCCUAGAAAACUGGAUUAGGGAAUUUGAAAAGUUGUUUGAGGUAGUGAAUUGCCCUGCUGACAUGAGAGUAGGACAAGCUGUUUUAUACCUGAAAGAUGAGGCUGACUUGUGGUGGAGAGAAAAUGGGGCUAGAUUGAGUGCUGCUGAGGGAUUCAAUUGGGAAGCCUUUGUGAUUGUGCUGAGAGGAAAGUUUUACCCUGCCUUCUUGAGGAAGCAGAAAGCCCAAGAGUUCAUCAACCUUAGAAUGGGUAGUAUGACCAUUUCUGAAUACUAUAGUAAGUUCAUAGCCUUGUCUAGGUUUGCACCUGAGGUUGUAGCUACUGAGGAGCUUAAGGCUCAGAGGUUCGAACAGGGGUUGACUGAUGAGAUCCAGCUGGGAUUAGGGGGUGAGACCUUUACAUCCUUAGAUGUAGUGUAUGGGAGAGCUUCUCAUAUUUAUGGGUUGCAAUCGAGAAGAGAUAAGAAGGCUGGAAUAGUUGGUGAGAAGAGAAAGGAGGUUAGUACUGGAGGAAACCAAAAUAACUUUAAGAAAAACCGGAAUGGGAAUGGGAACUUUCAAGGAAGGAACAACCAGGAUAAUCGUAGUCAGGGUAGACCUGAGAGGGUUCACAUUUGUAAGUUCUGUGACAAAAACCAUCCUGGGAAAGACUGUAAAGGAGAGCUAGUGACCUGUCAUUACUGCCAGAAGAAGGGUCACAGAGAGUAUGAGUGCUACGCUAAGCACGGAAAAGGUUUGAGAAUUCAGGGAAACGGUAAUCAGGCUAGACCAGGGCGUGCAAGAUGUGAGUAA